AUGAGCAACGACCGGCUUGCGUCUUUGUUGAAACGGGCAUUCAAGAGGGAUUCGGCGGAAAUAAAGGAGCCAGGAAACAAUGCGGCAGUCGGACCUCCCACGAUUGGCCUUGAUUGUGUUACAAGGACGAGUUCUGUGGUCGCAAUUGCCGACCAGGCAACCGAAAGUCUUUCCGCCUCGAACUUUAAUGCCUUGGAGAAAGCACCCCGAACCAAGACGGACGAGUUCAAGCCACCUGCUGCACGAGUCCGUGUACAAGAAACACCAGCCACUGUCACCCUACCUCAAAGACAAGCCACGGAUACCAGAGACACUCAACCCAUUUUUGAAUCUCUAUGGGAUGAAGCAUAUGAUACUCUGAAACAAGAGAGACCAGAUUUGAUGUCCAGAUAUGAGGAUCUUCUGUCCCGAGUCCUUGUCAGAGUAGAAGCGAAUGCUUUAUCUGCCCCAAGCCAGCAAGAAGACAUCGAGGAUAUCGGAAAUCAGAUCCCUCAGCAAGAUGUGGCAGCGCGUCGGGAAAAACUGAAACGGAUAGCUGAGCUAGGUCUGCAGCACAUGGAAGAUAAGAAGGCCAAAGUGACCAUCCUAGGACAUGAGGUCAGUCUGCAAGACAGGGUGGGUCAGCUUGGCGAGGCUGUGGCUUGGGCCCAAGAGUACGUCAAAGACGCAAUCAAGGAUGUGCCUUAUGCGCCCGCGGUGAUGGCCGGAAUUUCACUUAUCCUGCCCCUCUUCAAGAACCCGGCGACUGUCGACGCUGCCAAUCGAGCCGGGUUCACAUAUGUUACCUCGCAAAUGCGUUACUAUGUUGAGCUGGAGACAGUCAUUUUGCCCGCGGACAUGAAACACGGUUUGAAAGCUUACCUAACGGAAGGCAUAGUGGAUCUGUAUAAGCUCAUCAUCGACUUCCAAGUGCAGAGUGUUAUUCGGUUCUAUCGCAGCGGGACCAAGAACUAUUUCAGGAGUGUCAUCAACUACGAUAAAUGGCAAGAUCGACUGGAUCACCUCAUGGCUGAAGAGAGGAAACUGAAGGAAAAGUUUGAGAGUGCUUUGUCUGGCUCAAAUAUGCAGCAACUCAAGAAGCUAGCCGGAGAAGCAGAAGAAUCGCGCAAGAUUAUGAACCGUAUUUCCGAUAAUAUCCAGGGAAUUGUUGGGUUCCUUGAAAGGACCGAGCAACGCACGUCUAAUGACGAACACCGGCGUUGUCUCGCCAGUCUCCAGAUCAACGAUCCUAGCUUUGAUCCCAGUCUUGACAAAGCUAGGAUCGAAAAUGUCAAGGGUGGCCUUCUUAGAGACUCGUACCGCUGGGUGCUUGACCACGUCGACUUUCGCAGGUGGAGAGAUGAGAGAUACGGCCAGCUUCUCUGGAUCAAGGGUGAUCCAGGCAAGGGCAAAACAAUGUUGCUCUGCGGGAUUAUUGACGAGCUCUCUAAAGUGGCCACGCACGAUAUCAAUAUCUCGUUCUUUUUCUGCCAAGCUACGAAUAGUCGCAUUAAUAGUGCGACAGCAGUCCUGCGUGGACUUAUAUACAUGCUUGUGCAACAACAAUCCUCGCUCGCGGCCCAUGUCCGCGUUGGGUCAUUCGAGGGCGAGAAUGCAUGGGUUGCAUUACUUAAAGUCUUCACUAAUAUCCUCGGAGACCCGCAAUUGCGAAAAACAUAUCUGAUUAUUGAUGCACUUGAUGAGUGUGCCACGGAUUUGGAUCAACUCCUUGAUCUUCUUGCCCAUAAGACAUCUGCUCGUUCGAACGUUAAAUGGAUCGUCUCUAGCCGCAAUUGGCCGGACAUUGAGAAAGGCCUUAGGGGCGCGACACCGAUAGAGCUUCGUCUCGAGUCGAACGAGAACACACUCGCUGCUGCUAUUGACUCAUAUAUCCAAUUCAAAGUCAAUGAACUAUCUGAAAAGAACGAAUACAAGCUGAAGACUCGGGAAGACGUCCAUGAUCACCUGAAAACAAAUGCAAAUGGUACUUUCCUCUGGGUAGCUUUGGUUUGCAAAAGACUCGCCAAAGUCGCAAACAGGAAUGUUCGGGGGAAGUUAAAAGAUUUCCCGCCUGGACUUGAUGAGCUUUAUAAACGGAUGCUAAGCCAAAUCAGUGAAUCAGAUGAUGCAGAUCUCUGCAAGUCUCUUCUCUCCGUCACGACGACCGUCUACAGGCCCAUCACGUUAGAUGAACUAGCAUCUUGCUUUGACGACUUGCCUGAAGAUGUUGUAGGCGAUUAUAAGGCGCUGGAAGAGAUUGUGGGCCACUGUGGGUCCUUUUUGACCCUUCGGCAAGGCACAAUCUCUUUAGUUCAUCAGUCAGCUAAAGAUUUCCUCAUUCAAGAGGCAGCCCAUAUCAUAUUCCCCGGCGGAGUAGAACGAACCCUCGAAGGUCACAGCAACGCGGUCAACUUCGUCGCCUUCUCCCAUGAUUCUAAGCUCCUCGCCUCCGCUUCAUGGGACCAAACCGUCAAGGUGUGGGAUAGUAGCAGCGGGCAAUGCCUACAGACCCUGGAAGGUCAUUGCACGGGGGUCAACUCGGUCACCUUCUCCCAUGAUUCUAAGCUCCUCGCCUCCGCUUCGUGGGAUAAAACCGUGAAGGUGUGGGAUGCUAGCAGCGGGCAAUGCCUGCAGACCCUCGAGGGUCAUAGUGAGCCGGUCUACUCAGUCGUCUUCUCCCAUGAUUCUAAGCUCCUCGCCUCCGCUUCAGAAGACAACACCGUCAAGGUGUGGAAUAGUAGCAACGGCCAAUGCCUACAGACCCUCGAGGGUCAUAGUGAGCCGGUCAACUUCAUCGCUUUCUCCCAUGAUUCUAAGCUCCUCGCUUCCGCUUCAGAAGACAGUACCGCCAGGAUGUGGGAUGCUAGCAGCGGGCAAUGCCUGCAGACCCUGGAAGGUCAUCACACGGGGGUCCGCUCCGUCACUUUCUCGCAUGAUUCUGAGCUUCUCGCCUCCGCUUCAUGGGAUAAAACCGUCAAGAUGUGGGAUGCUAGCAGCGGGCAAUGCCUGCAGACGCUCGGGGGUCAUAGCGAAAAGGUCAGCUCUGUCGUCUUCUCCCAUGAUUCCAAGCUCCUCACCUCCGCUUCAUGGGACAAUACCGUCAAGAUGUGGGAUGCUAGCAGCGGGCAAUGCCUGCAGACCCUCGAUGGUCAUAGCGCAGGGGUGAGGUCGGUCAUCUUCUCCCAUGAUUCUAAGCUCCUCGCCUUCGCUUCAGAUGACAAGACCGUCAAGGUAUGGGAUACAUGCAGCGGGCACUGCCUGCAGACCGUCCUGGUUAACCGAUGGGUCAAAAUUAACUCAUUCGAUGAUCGCGCUGGUUGUUUUGAGCUCGAUAUUGGUACCAUUCGUUUUCGUCCUGGGUCAAGUGAAACCCUGACCACCACGGAUCCUCAACUCCCGCUGUUUCAAGGACUUGGUAUCAGUCCCGACGGAACAUGGAUCACUUGGAACUCUGGAAAUCUACUUUGGUUACCUCCCGAUUAUCGUCCAUAUACUUCUGCGGUCUCGCUUUCGAAACUGAGCCUUGGCUGCAGAUCGGGGCGGGUGUCAAUUUUCGACUUUGAUUCCGACAAGUUAUCACAUCUGUUUGCCGGGCUUUGA